AUGCAUUCAACAACCUUCGCCGCGCUUAUAGGAUUUUUCCUCCUGAUUAGCGUGUUCUUGGUCACACGCCGGCCGAAAGCAUCUUCCUCUUCCUUACCCUUACCACCAGGACCCAAGCCAUUGCCUUUGAUAGGCAAUGUCCAUCAGGCUCCCAAGUCCCAUGGAUGGAGGACCUAUCGCGAAUGGAAUGAGCAAUACGGACCCAUCGUUCACCUCAAUAUGCUUGGACAACCGGUCAUCAUUUUGUCGACCUCGGAAGUAGCCCAUGACCUGCUCGCCAAACGUGGAGUGAUCUUUUCCGACCGACCUCGACUGUUCCUCGCGACGGAGUUGGCAUUGAAGGGGCUCAACAUCCUCAUGAUGAACUACACCGACCAAUUCCGGCAUCAUCAGCGGCUCCAGGUGUCCGUGCUGAACGCGACUCCAGCUGCAGCAUAUCUCCCCAUCCAAGCCCUAGAGUCCCAACAGUUGCUGUACGACCUCUUGCAAACAAGCGGAAGCGCGGGGAUUGAUGUCCAGGGACCGUUCCAGCGGACCACGGCCAGCAUCAUCCACACCUUAUUGUACGGCUUCCGGAUUCAAGACCCCAACGACCCGGUGCUUCGUAGCGUGGUCAAACUCAACGAAGAGUUCUCCGAGUUCAUCCAGGUGGGCGCGCAUAUCGUCGACCAGUUCCCGGUGCUGAACCACCUGCCGGGCUUUCUGGCGCCGUGGAAGGCAAAAGCGGAGAACCACUAUACCACUAAGUAUAGCCUGCGUUUCAGCAACUUCCGCCGGGCGCUGGAGGAUUCGGACGCCUGGAACAUCUCCAAGCAGCUGAAGAAGACGGUUGAAACGGAUGACAAUCGCGACAUGCCCUUGGACGAGCUCGCUUUCGAGCUGGGGACGAUGAUCGACGCCGCGCUCGACGGCACGACCGACAGCCUGGUCUGGUUCGUGGUCGCAUGUAUUACCCAAAAUCAAGGCUUUAUCACCAAGGCCCGCGCCGAGCUCGACGCCGUGGUCGGCCGGGACCGGCUGCCGCUGCCCGACGAUAAGCCCCACCUGCCGUACAUCACCGCGAUCGUCGAGGAGGUCCUGCGGUGGCGGCCCGCCGGCCCGGAGGGCGCACCGCACCUCAACCGCGAGGAGACAACCUACAACGGCUACCGCAUCCCCAAGGGCUCGGUGGUCGUGGCCAACAUCUGGACGAUCGCCCGCGAAGAGACCGUGUUCGGCCCCAACACGGACGCUUUCAUCCCGGAUCGCUGGCUGGACGACAACGGGGACUUACGAUCUUCCCUUCCGGCGCCAGCGUUCGGGUAUGGGCGACGGACGUGUCCGGGACGGUUCUUCGCGCGCAAUGUCCUCUGGAUCAUUGUGGCGCGGUUGCUCUGGUCGUUUGAUAUCAAAGCCGGUGUGUCUGAGGAGACGGGCGAGCCGGUCCUCGUGGACCCGGAAGCGUGCACCUACGGUCUGGUCAUGCGCGCCCUGCCCUUCAAGGCGCGAUUUGUCCCGCGCGGGUCGUGGGUGCGUGAGGUGAUCGCUCGAGGGGGGGAUACUUAUGCCACGGAUCACUCGGCGCUGCUGCGGCAGAUUGGGGCUGAGUUUGGGAAGCUGUAA